CGGGAGCUUUGCAGCUCUCCGCCUUAUAUGGCAGGGCUGAGCGCGUGCUCCGUGCCUGUCCACGGGCAGCACGAGUGACCUGGAAGACAAACACGGUGUAGAGGCGGAGGACACACACACACACACACACACAGCUCUGUCCGCUGCGCUGUUGCGGCUCGCUCACCCACGCAGGCCGAACAUGGAGGCUUCGUUUGCAGGUAAACGGGCUCUGGUCACCGGAGCAGGAAAAGGGAUUGGUAGAGCCACAGCUCUGGCUCUGGCACGCUGCGGGGCAAAGGUCAUAGCGGUCACGCGAACACAGGCCGAUCUCAACAGCCUGGUGGAGGAGUGCGCCUCCAUCACCCCGGUGUGUGUGGACCUCACAGACUGGGGGGCCACAGAGCUGGCCCUGCAGGGUGUUGGCCCUGUCGACCUGCUGGUCAAUAACGCUGCCUGCGCCAACCUACAGCCAUUUCUGGAAGUCACACCUGACAAGUUUGACCAGGCAUUCAGUGUGAAUGUGAAAGCUGUGGUGCAGGUUUCGCAGUUAGUGGCUCGUGGUAUGAAGGCCCGGGGAUCGGGAGGCUCCAUUGUUAAUGUGUCCAGCCAGGCAUCGCAGUGUGCCCUCAGAGACCACGCCGUCUACUGUGCUACCAAAGCGGCUCUGGACAUGCUGAGUAAAGUGAUGGCUUUAGAGCUGGGACCACACCAGAUCCGCGUGAACACCGUGAACCCCACAGUGGUGAUGACUGACAUGGGUCGCUUGGGCUGGAGCGAUCCUGAAAAAGCCAAGAGCAUGAAGUCCCGGAUCCCCCUGGGCCGCUUUGCAGAGGUGGAGGAGGUUGUGAACAGCAUUUUAUUCCUGCUGAGUGAUAAGAGCAGCAUGAUUAAUGGAGUCACUCUGCCGGUGGAUGGAGGCUUCCUGGCCUGCUGACCCACAUCAGCCCCGGAUCAUCGUCCACCUGCUCGGAGGAAAAAGCCCCACUGUGUGACAUUUUAUUAAACUCAGCCUGUACAAUUCACUUGUAGAUAUUCUUAUUCACUGUGAUUGUCUCUAAUAUAACUGGACUCAACCAGCGAGGGACCCGAAGAAUAAUUUGACCCAUUGAUGGAAUUUGUGCUAUUAAAAGAUAAAAACAUGCUGCUUCCUCAGUGCUGUUCAAGCUCCAAGUUUUAAAAUCAGUAUUAAAAACAAAACCUCGGUUUAAAACUUGA